AAAAAAAAAAAAAACAUAAAAAAUCUAAUCUUGAUAACAAGUUGGAUCGCAUAGGAUAUUUUCGUCAUUUUGAACAAAGAGUUACAAACUUUAAGGCUGAGAGUUCCUUAAUUGCUAAGUUCAAUGUAGUCAAAUAUCGUAAAGCUUUUGUUUUUGGAGAAUAUAUAUAACUUACUUAUUCUUUCUGCAGCCAAACAAAAGCACACUUAAAAAAAAAAACCAAACCAAAGGCAAAACCACAUUUCAUUUCUUUUAAGUUCACAAACCAUUGUCUCUCACUCACUUUCAAAAAGCAAAAGCUGCACAACACAAAAACACACACACACACACACAGUCACACACUCUUACUUUCCUCUCUGAGCUUAGCUUAGGUUAGAAACAAAGAUAAGCAGGAAGAAGUAGAAGUCAUUUUUUGAACAAAACUAGAUAUGUACAGAUUUAGUAACACCGUGAUAGGAUUCUUGAACCUCUUCACUCUUUUAGCCUCCAUCCCGAUCAUGGGAGCGGGGCUCUGGAUGGCCCGUAGCAACGCCACGUGCGAGAGUUUCCUCCAGACCCCGCUCCUGGUGAUCGGGUUCGUGAUCCUGAUCGUAUCCCUAGCCGGGUUCAUCGGCGCGUGUUUCAACGUCGCAUGGGCGCUGUGGCUCUACCUGCUGGUCAUGCUGUUCCUCAUCGGCGCGCUCAUGGGGAUCACCAUCUUCGGGUUCGUGGUCACCAGCCAGGGCGGCGGCCAGCUGGUGGCCGGACGGGCUUACCGGGAGUAUCACCUCAGUGAUUACUCGCCGUGGUUGAGGAAGCGGAUUAAGGAUCCUCAUUAUUGGAUGGCUAUUCGGACUUGUAUUCUGAAUUCCAAGACUUGUGACUCUAUUUCCAUGUGGACUCCUGUUGAUUAUCUUACCAGGGAUUUGACUCCUAUUCAGUCGGGUUGUUGCAAGCCACCAACAUCAUGCACGUACGGAGCAGUGGUGAUGAACCAGGACCCGGAUUGCAGCCUGUGGAACAAUGCCCCGAGCCUGCUUUGCUACGAAUGUGAUUCGUGCAAGGCGGGCGUCCUUGAAGAUGUCCGACGGGAUUGGCACAAGCUCUCGGUUCUUAACAUCGUCAUGCUUGUCAUUCUCAUUGGCAUCUACUCCAUUGGCUGCUGCGCUUUCCAGAACACCAAGCGCGCCGAAUCCGAUUACCCUUAUGGCCGUAACCGGAUGUCCAAGAUCCGACCCAGAUGGGAUUUCUAUUGGUAAUUUGUUUCUGCUCCUGUUGUGUUACUCAAAUCCAUCUAACUCAAUGGGAUUUAAGGUACAUCUAUAGAGUAACUCAAAGGUAGUCUAAAAAUUAAUGGUACUUAAUUUUUAUGGCUAAAUUCGAUUAAUGUGUAUCUUCAAUCACUCCAGGAAACGAGUCAUUCCAUCAAAAUUAAUUUUUGAGUCUAAAGAAUUACGUACGUGCUUUGCAUGUUAUUAAUUUGAAGAUAUUAUGAAUGAAAUUGGAUUUGAUAUAUCUUUAAUUAAGUGACCUUUUGUGCAAACUUACUCAAUAGCAUUUUGGCAGCAAGAAAUUGAUGAAUGAAUGGGAUUGGUUUUGGUGGCUUUCUCAGGUGGAGAUGGUUAGAAGACAGAAGACACGGACUUUACUAAAAGAAAAUGCAGGACGAUCGAGAUACCCCAAAACGAAAAGGGAAAAGCUCCCACUUUCUCUCCCGUGCAAUUUGCACACCUUGGCUCCGCGGAAAUGUAUAUAUUCUUUGCGUCCCAAAAUUAUUAUUCUAUUUGUAGUGUACAAAUAGAUUCAAGAGAGAAGUAGUAAAAACAUAUAAAUGCAUGCUUUGGGUGCAUCAUGCAUGGUCGUAUCUCCUACGUAGUUUUCAAUUAUUUGAAGUUGGAUCGAUGCUUUUCUUGUGUGAAAAGAGAUUCUGAAGAAAAAAUAAUAAUAAUAAUGAGAAGAAGAAAAAAGAGGGAAAUAAAGAAAGAAAUUCAACUUCCAAAAAGGCAAAGAAACAACAACAACAAAGCACUGCUCCCCACACACUAACUUUAACUUUAGGAUUCAAAAUUUCUGCCAAUCAAAGUUAAAUUAUAAGGGGGAACAUGGCUGGGUGGUACGUAUCAGUGCAAUUUUUCUGAGGGUUUUUUUUUUUUUUGCUUCCCCCACCCGCUUUUGCAAGUUUUAAAGUGGAAGUAGAGACGACCCGACCGUUACUAUAUGGUGAACACAGUUCACCAUAUUUGGUGCAAGCGUUUGUGUGAAUACGUGUUCAUAUAAUUAAAUAUUCAAUUUGUUAUUUGUGUAAAUAAUACUACCAACAUAUUUUACGGACAUAAUCUUUGUUUUCAAAAUUUAAUAUAAAACAAUUGUUUGUUCAAAUUAUAGUAUGACUGGGAUUCAUAAUAAAAUCUCAUCUCCUCAAUUGUUUCCUAAUUAAAAUAAAAUUAUAUAUCCCUCUUAUCAAAUUUCUUAAGAACUCUAGCUGCCGUACUAUUUUAUCAAUUUUCUUAAUCUCGCCGCAACGUUUGUCAAGGAAGUCGUCGGUAAAAUUUGUUCUUUCUUUCGGUGUGUUGUGAUGUUACUAUGUUCAAUUUGAAGUUUUUGUUCUGAAUUUUCUCGAACAUGUCUAAUUGGUGUGAUCAGCAGUAGUUGUUUACUGUGCUGAAUUUGGUGCGUGGAAUUUGUUCUUCUACUUUGAACCCGUGGAGAUAAAGGUAAUAAUCCUUAAUGAAAAAAACUACAUCAUUACUGUGUGCAAUCCACACACAUGAAGUAGUGGUUUGCAAUUAAUAUGUUUGUUUUGUUUGGUAAAAGGAUUUUCUAAAUUCAGCGACUACAUUAAAAUAUGGUCGGAUCGAUUGAUGUAGAUGGAGAAAAAGGGGUGGAACAGAUGACUUCAAUGGAGGAAAGUUGGCUAAAGAAGAAAAAUUACAUGGGAAAAAAGAUGCUGGGAAAGGGUAAUUACCCAACCUUUUAAAAUUAUAUAAGCGGUUAAAUUUAUGUUUUUUUUUUUUGGUUAUUUUAAUGUGAAGUUCAUAUAUUCAUGUAUGGGAAUGUUUGUAUAAGGAAUGAUCAUAGUAGUUUGCAUAUACGUAAUGUGUUUGGUCAUGAAAGUAAUAGAUGUUCAUAGUAGCUUGGUGUUAUUUAUCAUACAAAUAUUGUAUAAUGUUCAUAUUAAAUUACUGAAUUUUCAUUAGGCACCUCAGUAGAUUUUCAACGUAGUUUUAGAUUUAUUAUGUCAAAGUUAAGUUUCAGUAUUAAAAAUUUCAGAGCUAAUGUUCAUAAAUUAGUAAGUUGAAUUUCAUGUUAGGUGUCCAUCAUUUUCAUCCAAAUGAAAUAUUAUAUGAAAUUCAU